AAUGCAAGGAGAAUGAAGAUGGGGGAAAAGGCAGAGAGAGAGACAGAGAGGGAGAAGUUCUCAUAUUUAUAUGGAGAAGGACCCCGUGACUCGCCCGCCUGCUCCACCAUGGACUCUCCAGCCUAUAAAACUGUCGUGGCCUUGGGGCGGUUCAAGGUGAGGAGGCUCCAGACCAGACCGGCCAAGAAACCCAGCAGGGGAGAAGACAGCGGCCCCCAGCCCCCAGCCCCAGGGGGCUCGGGCCAGUCAGAAGAAGGGGGUUCCUUGUCGGCGCCCCCGGACUACGAGACCACCAUUGAUGCCAGCCCCUGCUACGAGUUUUACGCGCAUUCGGUGCCGCCGGGACGAGUCCGCAAGAGCCGCCCCUCCCUGGAAGUGCUGCGCAAUGCGGAAAACGGAGAGGUUUUCCCUGAAGUCCCAGACCCUGGGGUCCCCAACUCGAAGGUGACGGACGAUGAUCCAGAGGCAGCAGCCUCCGUGGCAGAGCCUGUUCGGUUUGGCUGGGUCACUGGCGUGAUGAUCCGGUGCAUGCUGAACAUCUGGGGUGUGAUCCUCUACCUCCGGCUGCCCUGGAUCACGGCUCAGGCUGGAAUCGGGCUGACUUGGUUGAUCAUCCUCAUGUCAGCGUUGGUCACUACUGUCACUGGCCUCUCCAUCUCCGCCAUCUCCACCAAUGGCAAGGUCAAGGCAGGGGGUACCUAUUUCCUGAUCUCACGCAGCCUGGGUCCUGAGCUGGGAGGAUCUAUCGGGCUUCUCUUUUCCUUCGCCAAUGCCGUGGCUGUGGCCAUGCAUGUUGUGGGUUUUGCCGAGACCGUGCGUGACUUGCUGCUGGAGUUUGACGUGGUGAUGACAGAUCCUACAAAUGAUAUCCGGAUCGUGGGAGUCAUCACAGUGACUGUGCUGAUGGGCAUUGCAGUGGCUGGCAUGGAGUGGGAAGCCAAGGCCCAAGUCGUCUUCUUUUUAGUCAUCAUGGUCUCCUUUAUCAACUAUUUUGUGGGAACCCUGUUGCCUGGUACUGAGGAGAAGAUGUCCAAAGGCUACUUCAGCUACAAAGGGGAUAUCUUCAUGGAAAAUCUUGGGCCAGACUGGCGGGGAGAGUCAAGCAGCUUCUUCACCAUGUUCUCCAUCUUCUUCCCUUCUGCCACUGGCAUCUUAGCUGGGGCCAACAUCUCUGGAGACCUCAAGGACCCCGCUGUGGCCAUCCCCAAAGGAACCCUGCUAGCCAUCUUCUGGACAACGCUCUCCUACCUGGCUGUGUCCGCGACCAUAGGUUCCUGUGUCCUGCGUGAUGCAUCUGGAAGCAUGAAUGACACCCUGGGCUCCCUCAAUGCCACAGGUGACUGCCUGGGCCUGGGCUGCCACUACGGCUGGAACUUCAGCUCGUGCAUCCAGACCGGGACUUGUGAACAUGGGAUGGCCAACAACUACCAGACCAUGAGUAUGGUGUCCGGCUUCAGUCCCCUCAUCACAGCUGGGAUCUUUGCUGCCACCCUCUCCUCAGCCCUAGCCUGCCUCGUCUCUGCCCCCAAGGUUUUCCAGUGCCUCUGUCAGGACAGGCUCUACCCUUUCAUCGGCUUCUUUGCCAAAGGCUAUGGCAAGAACAAUGAGCCACUCCGGGGCUAUGCAUUGACUUUUGUUCUGGCCACUGCCUUCAUCUUAAUUGCUGAGCUGAACACCAUUGCCCCCAUCAUCUCCAACUUCUUCCUCUGCUCGUAUGCUCUCAUCAACUUCAGUUGCUUCCAUGCCACCAUUACCAACUCACCAGGCUGGCGACCCACCUUCCGCUACUUCAGCAAAUGGAGCGCCCUCUUCGGUGCUGUGAUUUCCGUGGUCAUCAUGUUCCUGCUGACUUGGUGGGCAGCCCUCAUUGUGGUAGGAAUCAUCCUGGUCAGCGUGGCCUAUGUCAGCUAUAAGAAGCCAGCUGUCAACUGGGGCUCCUCCGUGCAGGCUGGGACAUACAACAUGGCAUUGUCCUACUCUGUCAACCUAACAGAAGUAGAAGACCAUGUCAAAAACUUCCGACCCCAGUGCCUCGUGCUGACGGGCCCCCCCAGCUUCCGCCCAGCCCUGGUGGAUUUCGUUAGCGCUUUCACCAAGGGCGUCAGCCUCAUGAUUUGCGGCAAUGUGGUCGGGCCACAGGACGUCCCUGGGGUCAGUGACUCCGAUGAACACAUCAAGUGGCUGAAUGCACGCAAGGUGCGCUCCUUCUACACCGUCAUCACGGCAGAGGACCUGUGCAGCGGCGCCCGGAGCCUCAUGCAGGUCUCGGGUCUAGGGCGUCUCAAGCCCAACACAGUCGUGCUGGGCUACAAACAGAACUGGCAGACGGACUCGCCCCAAAACUUACAGCGCUACGUGGCCAUCAUCCACGAUGCAUUCGACUGCCGGGCCGGGGUCUGCGUGCUCAGGAUGAAGGAGGGGAUCGAUGUGUCUCGGACAGUGCGGGCCUACGUGAACCCCAUGUUUCAGGACCCCGAGGCAGCGCUGCAGUGGGACAGGCAGCGCCGGGAGUCGUCAGCCAGCACAGGCAGCGCUGUCAGGGUGGUUGGGGCAGAGGAGCACAUGGAGACCCUCUUCCAGAGCAACCAGAAGAAGAAAUGUCUGGAUGUAUACUGGCUCUUCGAUGACGGGGGGCUGACCCUGCUCAUCCCGUAUCUGCUGACACGCCGGAAGCGUUGGAGCCGCUGUAAAGUCCGGGUCUUCAUUAGCAGCCAGCUGGCCAAUGCUGAAGAGCAGCGGGAAGAGAUCCAGCUCCUCCUCGCCAAGUUUCGCUUGGGCUUCAACGAGGUGGUCGUGCUGCCUGACAUUGCCUGGAAGCCAGAAGAGAGCAGCCAGAAGGAGUUUGAGGACCUGCUAGCACCGUACCGGCUGAACGAGGGUCAGCGGGACCCUGAGGCGGUGGAAGCACUGAAGAAGGAGGCACCCUGGAAAGUAUCAGAUGAAGAUCUCCAGAUCUACAAGAAGAAGUCUGAGCAGCAGAUCCGGCUGCACGAAAUCCUGCAGGAGAACUCCCGAAAUUCUGCCCUCGUUGUCAUGAGCCUGCCUGUGGUACGGAAGGGAGCCUGUCCCAGUGCACUCUACAUGGCUUGGCUGGAGAUCCUCUCCCGGGACCUGCGCCCACCCAUCGCCUUCAUCCGAGGCAACCAGCAGGAUGCCCUCACGUUCUACUGCCAGUAGCGGCAACUUGGCAGGAGGGGAGAAGGGACUGACUGGAAAAGUGGGGUGCAGCCAAGAGGGAGGGGCAGGGAGCCAGGACAUAGGAGUUCUGUGCCAGUGCUGGGAGCAAAGUCUUGUUGGAUUAUAGCAGUCUGGACUGCAAGCUCUGACUCCUGGGUUUUAUCACCCAACUUUGGGUCCAUUGGGUUCGACUGGGGCCGGUGAAGGUGCUGGGAGUCAGGGCCCCUGAGUUUUGUCCCCAGCUCUGGAGGAAAGUGGAGGCCAGGGGUCCUAGUGACUGAAGCAGGGUGGGAGGGCUUCAGAACCAGGACUCCUGGGUUCUGUUCCAGCUCUGGAAGUGGGGUGUAGCCUAGCGAGUUGUGCACUGGGGCUCAGCCAGGAGUCUGUCCUCAGCACCUGGCCCGAGCAAUGAAGUAACUACGAUUCUCUGCACUGACCAGAUAUCUGCAAUAUGACAACACCCAUUAGGCAGGAUUCAGGCCUGCAAGGCAGUCUCUUCCUUAGGGCCAGGCCUCUCUAAGACAGUGCAAGCAGGAAGCUGUUGUACCCCAGCCUGUUUGGCCUUCUCUCCGACUCAGCCUGCUGGUGGAGGGGUAACUGAGCCCUUAGUCCACUCCUCUCCCUCUCUCUGUGUACCCAAGUGGGACCUGCUGUAAAUAUUAAAUAUUCUUAUUUAAAAGCACAGAAGCCUUGUGUUUGAGGGCUGACUCAAUGUGACCCAGGGAGGCUUGUUGCACUGAACAGAGCUGAGAAGUCAGGCUGAGACUGGCAGCAACU